AUGAAUGUACGCGCCCUACUGGACUCGGGAUCGGAGUGCUCUUUCUUCAGCGAGUGGUCAGCGCAGACACUUCGACUUAGAAGACGGUCGGUUCGUGUUGAGCUUACCGGUUACCAAGGUACCAAGGUAGGUACGGCUCGAUCAGAAGUCUCGGUAGAGCUCCGCUCUCCUGUCAACCAGGAGUUUCGGAUUUCCUUGGACGCGCUGGUCACCAAGAGCCUCACUGCACCCACGCCAUCUCACCCCCUGGAAAAUGGCGAUUGGGACCACAUCAAAGGACUGCAGCUAGCAGAUCCAAACUUUAAUUUACCAGGCUGUGUUGACGUCCUUCUGGGAACCGACGUCUGCGGCCGAUUGUUGCAGGAGAGACGUGAGGGACCUCAUGGGACUCCCACAGCGGUGCUGACUCCGUUUGGCUGGACGCUGAUGGGAUCGACACGACCUUCGGAGCCGGGGAGGGCAGCGCGGGUGCUGCACGUUCGUCGUCACGAGUUGCCAGACCUGCAGAAAUUCUGGGAGCUCGAAGAGGUUCCAGUGGCAACUCCUUUGACUCCUGAUGAACUUACUUGUGAACGUUUGUUCCAGGACACCACACAACGUGACUCCUCAGGUCGCUACGUAGUUCGUCUGCCUUUUAGAUCAACACCUCCCCGGGUGGGGACCUCUCGACCUGCUGCAUUGCGGAUGCUGCUUUCGGUCGAGCGCCGACAACAACGGGGUCCAGACCUGUAUCAGAAUUAUGUGGAUUUCAUGGAAAUCACGAACGGAUAUCACCGCUUGUGA